AUUAUUUCAAUCCAACAAAGAAAUCCCGCCAAAGAAAAAUCCCCAGCCACUUCGGUUCUGUAAAAUCUCGAGUGGUGGAGAAUAUCAACUCAGAAGUCCAGCAGGGUAGUUCACAGUAUCCCGGAAAAUGGCGAAUUUUGGAUCCAAAAUUAGACAAUCACCUGCUAAAGCUCCUUCAAUCGUUUCAAAUGCAGGUUGUGGUGGGGUUUGUAUGAUGAGCAACCUAUGGAGGGAUGAACAGCACCCAUCCUUCAUUCACUUCAUUUCAUCCUUCCUCAAUGCAAAUUCCUUUAGACUCAAUAUUGUCCCUAUAGCCUCUGAUUUCAUUUUCAACUGUGGGGGACUAUCUGUAGCAUUUGUUUUCGUGACAAAUUGGGAUUGCAACAAUGUCACUCCGAUUUUUAGCAGGGUACAGAAGCUUAAGGGGCAGUUUGGGCAUCUUUAUGCUGUUGUCACACUCCCAACAAAGGAGCAAAAUGAUUCAUUUGUUCACUCUUACUUCGAGUAUGGAAUGGAGCCUGGAAGGCCAACAUUUGUGCCCGUUCGGGACAUAGAGAUGGGAUUUGAGAAAAUUGUGAACAUCGCUCAUGCCCGUGGGGUUUGUAAGCAGCAAGAUGCCAUCUCAAAGUUGAAGGUUGAGAGGGAGAGGUCAGUGCAGGGAAUGGAGGCCUUCAUCAGAGUUGCCAUGUCCAUACCUGGCAUUGAGAACCAUGAUGCGCAGGCGCUUAACCAAACUAUUGGUUCUAUUCAAGCAAUAUCAAGAGCAUCAAAGGAUAAUGUUUUAGAGAACACAGAUCUUUCAGCAGACAAGGCAGAGAUGGUUUCAAGGUUUUUUAGAGAUCCAAAAUAUUAUCUCAGUCCCAAAAUUAAUUAGUCGGGGAGGUACUUUUCAUCACGUCACCUCAGAUGAGCUCAAUCAGCUACUAGGGGAUUUUCAGACAGGAGGUGAGAGGCCCAGAGCAUCUCAUUACCUGAAGUGAGUUAUUUCCUUCUUAAAUAACUAAUAAUUGUGCCAUGGAGGAGACUUGAACAAGGAACCUAUACAGGUGGCUAAUCCUUUCGGAUGAUCUUUGAAAGUUGGGUGAUCUGGAUCCAUCUUGUCAACUUCAAACUAGGCACGGGCUGUUAAGACUUAAGAUGUUUUUCCUGUUGCUAUUAAGUGAUAGCGUCAAAUCUACAUUCAAUUCAAUCCGAAACAGAUCUUAGGAGACAAAAACACUGGGUUACCAUUGAGAGGAACAUUAGGGGCCAGCUUGUCUUCAUAUGUUUGAAACUUGAGACCUUUGUUUUGCUCUGAAAUUCUGUUGGUGCUGAUUACCAUUUUCAAUGGAAAAAGAUGUGCUGUCUCUGUGCAAUCUGUC